AUGACGGCGAUGAUCGAUGGGCCUGUCAACGUACUGUCGGGCGGAUGGCGGAUGCGUGUGUCGCUUGCCAAAGCGCUUUUCCUUGAGCCUGACCUGCUUCUGCUGGAUGAGCCAACGAACCACCUGGACCUGGAUGCUGUGCUCUGGCUGGACGAGUAUUUGUGCGACUACCCGAAAACCCUGCUGGUGGUCUCGCACGAUGCCGACUUCUUAGAUUCGGUGUGCACCGACGUCCUCCACUUGGAGGAGAGAAAGUUGAUCUCCUAUCGCGGUGGCUACACGGAGUUCAAGAGGGGCCACGCGGCCCGCGUGCGCGAGCGCGAGAAGGAGUUCAAGAAGCAGCAAGAGGAGAAGAAGGCAGGGAAGAAGCAGCACCCUGAUGAGUUGGUCGAGAAAAUCAAGGACUAUGUGGUGAAGUUCCGCUUCAUACCACCUCCUUCCCGGGGCGACGACAUGGGCGGCAUUUCGGUGAGACCCCGUGAGACAGUUUAA